GCAGUCACAAGUUGUAUCUGACACUUUCCAAACUUGUCAGCUUUGGGUGGCACAUACCUAACACCUUUUUAUAGCAGGAUAUAACACUGCCAGAAACUCAGCAAGUGUGAAAACUCCUUUGUGAUUUAUCUGAGGCUUGGAUACAAAAAAUGGACUCCAUUAGCCUGCUUCUGUAUGCUACGCUUUCAUUACUGAUACAUUCUACAGUCAGCAGUCCUAUAAUGGCACUGCGAGGCACCUCAAUUACUGACCGUGGGACUUUUUUUGAAGAUGCACUUUUAGAGCAGGACAAUGUGGACUUUAGUGCCCUUCUUCAGGAUAUGAAGACUGAAUUCCUGAAGCGGUUAAAUCUCUCUAGUGCACCUAACCAUGAAUCUGCUAAGGUAGAGCCACCUGAGUAUAUGCUGGAGCUAUAUAACAAAUUUGCCAGUGAUCGAACAUCAAUGCCAUCUGCAAAUAUUAUAAGGAGCUUCAAAAAUGAAGACACAUCUUCUCAUCUGAAUGGCAUUGAUGGGGUCCGAAAACAUGCUUUACUGUUCAAUGUAACUGUGCCACGGCAAGAAGUGAUCACAGCAGCUGAACUUCGACUUUAUACUCUGAUGGCGAGGGACAGACUCUUGUAUGAUGGAGUGGACAGGAAAGUAACCAUUUUUGAGGUGUUACAAAGUGAAGCAGGGGAUUAUCAUAACCAUGCUGUACAGCUACAUGAGCUGGCAUCAAGAAGAAUUUAUGGAACUGACAGUGGCUGGGAGACUUUUGACAUUACAGAAGCGAUUAAACGCUGGCAUAGGUCUCGGUCCACUACUCACAGGCUGGAGGUCCAUAUUGAAAGUGUGGAUGAUGAAGAUGAGACAGGAAGAAAUGUUGAAGUGGACAUUGACGUUAAACCGGAGAACAAACAUGAGCCAUUAUUAGUAGUAUUUUCAGAUGAUCAAAGCAGAGAAAAACAAGAAAGCAGGCUAAACUCAAAUGAUAAGGUAGACAAUCCACAGAUUAUGGAUUUUAAAAACUUUGAUCCUGAUGGCUUUAGUGAUAGCCCCAAAGAAGAAGAUUUGCUUCAGUUGCAUUCUAAUUUAAUUUAUGACAGUACCUCACGGAUUAGAAGGAAUGCCAAAUCCAAUUACUGUAGGAAAACUCCACUGAAGGUAAAUUUUAAAGAGAUUGGAUGGGACUCCUGGGUAAUAGCACCUCAAGAUUAUGAAGCAUUCGAAUGCCAAGGGGUGUGUUCAUACCCUUUAAAUGAUCAUGUUACUCCAACCAACCAUGCACGUAUCAAAGCUUUACUUCAUUUAAAUAAGCCCAACAAGGCUACAAAUGCAUGCUGUGUACCCACUAAGCUUGACCCAAUAGCUUUACUUUAUUUGGACGAUGACAAAGUAGUUACUUACAAAUUCAAAUAUGAGGGAAUGGUUGUAUCAGAGUGUGGCUGCAGAUAGUACAUGGAGUAUUAAGGUGUACAUUAGUAAGCAAUUAUGUAAUUAUGUCUGUAAAUGUGUACAUUUUUUAUUUUACUAUUUAAUGUUUAUUUAAUAAUGUGUGUACAGAUAAUAUAUUUGCAGAUUUGCUUCUUAUGUAACAUUCUCAAAGAAAACAAUGUGGACAGUAAUAGAAAGCUAUGUGCCUUGUCAGUCAUUUAUUUUAUCCAUUGUCUUCACAAGCAAAACAGAACCAGAGCAAGUGUUUUUAUACAUUUGAAGGUGAAUCAUGAUAACU